CGUCAGUCUACAUUAUUCUCUCUAAUUAUCUUCUUUUGUCGGCCAGUGUAGGAAAAGGUAUUUCUGCCCCUACAUCAUGCCUAGAUUUGUUCCUCGCCAGAGGAAGCAAAAGCACAAGCAGAAGGAAGCGGCAAAUACUGGAGUUGACAGUAAUGCGGCCGAGAUUUUGCCUAUUUCCAAAGAACAGAAGGAAGCCAAAAGACAAAAGCUCAGAGAGGAACUGAGAGCGCAGCACACAAAAAUCUCUGCGAAGAAACAAAAGCGCUUAGAUAAAUAUAUUGAAAAUAAACUCAAGAAAGAAGAGAAUGUUGAACUACUCAAGAAGCUUGAGAAAUCAACGGUGGACACCUCCAAUUUUGAGAGUUCCAGGGAAAUAGGGAAGCGGAAAAGGCUCCUUGAAGAUGGUACACUCGAAUCACCUACGUAUACACCUGACCGGGCUGCCGAUGCCGAGUUAUCCGGCGAUGAAACAGAUGAUUCACUCCCCCCGUUAGGAAAGAUCUCUACUAUUCCUAAAUCAGAAAGCUCUACAGAGAAACCGGAGGCGAACAUCACGGUCGGUAGCGGGUUAAAGCGCCCUCUCGAACUCGGAGCAGAUGGAUUUCCGGUCCUCAAAAAACGCAAGCGAGCGCCGAAAUUAAAGUCCAACGCUAUCAACAUACAAGAAAUAACAUGGGAGGGUUUUGGCUCGGAUGAAGACGAGGAUAAAAAUGAGGGUGGUAGCUCUCCCGAUACGCGGGCUCGUGAAGAGGAAACACGGAAUGAAGGUGACCAAGAUGAAGACAAUGAGUCUUCAGAGGACGCUUCUGAAAAUGAUGAAAGCGAGGAUGAAGAUGAAGACGAGGACGAGGGCGAAGAUGAAGACGAGGAGGACGAUACUAGCAACCAGCCUCGCCAGUCUGCGUUCAAAGCCUGGGCCAGACAACAAAUCAACGAGACUGUGGGUUUCAACCCUACCACUGGCCCAAUCGUGUCUGAAGAGCAGCCUUUCGGCUCUAAACGCAAAGAGAAGCCCGUGCAAAAUACUGUCUAUGAAGAAGAACCGCUACCCGCAGAACUUCAAAUUACCACGGGAAACCCUUACAGAAAAGCGUUUCAUGUCCAGGUUGACCGCUCGGAAGAUAUCCAGAAUACACGGUUGGGGUUGCCAGUGGUUGGAGAAGAACAGAAAAUUAUGGAAGCAGUUUACAACAAUUCUUCAGUCGUCAUAUGGGGAGCUACUGGUAGCGGAAAAACUACCCAAUUACCACAAUUCUUGUUUGAAGCUGGUUUUGGUAACCCUGGUAGUCCUAACCCAGGCAUGAUAGCAGUAACUCAACCUCGCCGAGUUGCUGCUGUCAGUAUGGCGAAACGUGUAGGUGACGAGUUGGGACAAUUUUCCGACCAGGUUUCGUAUCAGAUUCGGUUCGAGAGCACUGUUUCUAAAAAGACCGCAAUCAAGUUCAUGACUGAUGGUAUCCUGAUCCGAGAAAUCGCAGAAGACUUCUCGCUGAGCAAGUAUUCCAUCAUCGUGAUUGAUGAAGCUCAUGAGCGGAGUGUUAACACAGAUAUCCUCAUCGGGAUGGUGAGCCGUAUUGUCGACUUGAGGAAAGCUAUGAGCGAGGAAGAUCCAUCGGUGAAACCGCUCAAACUCGUGGUUAUGUCUGCUACUCUGCGUAUCUCCGACUUUACCCAGAAUCCCAACCUCUUCCGUCAGGGACCACCCCCUUUAGUUCAAGCAGAAGGCCGGCAGUAUCCUGUCACAGUGCACUUUUCUAGGCGGACACGCCGCGAUUUUGUUGAGGAGGCAUUUCGCAAAGUCUCGAGGGGCCACCGUAAGCUGCCCCCAGGAGGCAUGCUUGUCUUUCUGACAGGGCAGAACGAAAUUCGACAACUCUCCAAGCGCUUAAAGCAGGCCUUUAGACCUACGCAGCGGGGUGGAGAAACCAUGGCUAAAGUACAGAUCUCUGCGAACGAUGCGCCACUGGAAGCGGAAGAUUUAGACAUAGGGGACGCCGAUCUAUCCAAUGUUGGCAACGAAGACGAAGACGAUAGUGAUCUCGAGAUUACCGGUUUAGAUAACGAUGACGACUACGACGACGAUGGCUUUAACCUAGGCGAAGGCGAAGAAGCAAUGGGCUCAUCUACUCGGGUGCAUGUUUUACCGUUGUAUUCCCAGCUUCCCACAAAGGAACAGCUGAGAGUAUUCGAACCGCCACCAGAAGGCUCACGGCUCAUCAUUCUAGCGACUAAUGUGGCCGAGACUAGUUUAACAAUUCCAGGUAUCCGAUAUGUGUUUGAUUGUGGGCGGGCCAAGGAGAAGCAGUACGAUUUAGAUACAGGAGUUCAAAAGUUUCAGGUCAACUGGAUCAGUAAGGCCAGUGCCAACCAAAGAGCAGGACGAGCUGGUAGAACUGGACCCGGCCACUGUUAUCGGCUCUAUUCAUCUGCAGUUUUUGAGAAUGAGUUUGCUCAGUACACAGAGCCAGAGAUUUUACGAACUCCAAUUGAAGGUGUCGUGCUCCAGAUGAAGAGCAUGGGCCUUCAUAAUGUUAUCAAUUUCCCAUUCCCAACGCCUCCUAGUCGUCAGGGCCUAGUGAAAGCCGAGAAGCUGCUCAAAAAUCUCGGUGCUCUCUCGUCUGACGGCAAAGUUACACAAAUUGGCCAUCGUUUGUCUACAUACCCGCUAUCCCCUAGGUUCGGUAAGAUGUUGUAUAUCGGGCAUCAACACGGCUGCAUGCCUUACGUUAUUGCGCUGGUUGCAGCUUUAGCAGUCGGGGAUCUCUUCGUUCCGCAGAACCAGAUUGAUCCGACGCCUAAGGGUGAUGGCAAAGGAAAUAACGAGGUGUAUACGAAUUCGGAUCGCUUGGAAGACACGGCUCGAGAGCAACGCCUUAAGGACUACUCGAGAGCUCAUCGACUUUGGAGUAAGCACGAUGAUACUUCUGAUGCGUUGAAAUAUUUGUCGGCGAUUUGCGCUUAUGGAUAUGCUUCCGAUGGGGAGUCGUUUUGCGAGAAGAUGUUCCUACGAGGCAAAGGAUUCAAAGAGGCUACACUACUACGAAGUCAAUUGACAGACAUAGUGCGGGCCAACAACCCUGGGGUUAUCGGAGCGUAUCAAUCACGCUUAUCGGAGCCGUCAGAGAAGCAAAUAAAGGCUCUGAAACAGAUAGUCACGGCUGGAUUCAUUGACAAUGUCGCCAUCCGGGCUGACUUAUCUCCGGUACCGCCUGAAAUGCAUCGUACACCGAAAAGAGCGAUUGAUGUUCCAUAUUUGACCCUUUUCAAAUCUCGAGAGGGACUCGCCACAGAACUUGAUGAGAUGGCUGUUUAUGUGCACCCCUCUUCUAUUCUUGCCAGUCUCUCACCCAAGGAAAUGCCGCAAUACAUCAUAUAUUCCCACCUUCAGCAAGCAUCCCCAUCACUCGUGUCUACCGAUACACCCAAAGUCAGAAUGUUCCCACUUGUCUGCCCGAGCGGAUUACAGCUCUCUGCCAUUGCACACGGCACACCAUUAAUAGAAUAUGGUAAGCCUAUUGGCAAAACAGAGUUGGUUGACGGAAUCCCGCCGCGCAGGGCGUGUUGGGUAGUCCCGUCACUGAUAAGUGAGGCUGGACGUGGAGGGUGGCCUUUGCCAGCCAAGAAGGUGAUACAGAAGAAAGACCCUAAGGAGGGCUGGAUAAUUGAAAAGUUUGCCGCUUAAAUGUAUA